GCUCUGUUUUCAGUUUAAUUUAUUAGUUCUUUUUGCUUGCUAAAGAGUUCAGGUUUUUCUGUAGGUUACAUGUUACCUGUUUUGACUAAAGAAACUAAAAUUCUUGAGGUGGAUGUAGAUUAUAUGUUACCUGUGUUAACUAAAGAAACAAAAAAUUCUUGAGGUGGAAGAGAUGCCAAAUCAUUAAUUGUACUUCACAAGGGUGGAUUAUAUGUUGGUCUUUUGUUGAAAUUUGUAAAAGAGAGACAACCCCUUCUAAGUAUCAAAUAUAUUUUCGACUAGCUUCGAUUUUCAUCUGAUUUCCUCAAUUCCUGUCUCAAUUUUUAUGCCUCUCCUUGAGUAAAACUCAAAUGGUGAAUAGUCUCUUUGUGUUGUUGGGAAUUUUCUCCUAUUUUGGAGGAGGGAUAGUAGGGGCAGAGCUCAAGGGUAGUUACUUCAGUCAUGAAAAUCUUCCUUGUGGCCCGUUACCGAGUUCCUUUGUGGUAUAGAUGUUCAUCUCUGUGGAAAUAAUUGCAACUGAGGAGAGAAACAUGAAGAGUUCAUCUCUUCUGAACUUACUACUAAAGUAGUUGCUGCUCUGUGUGAAAUCAUUUCUGUUGAGCCAAAGAACAGGCAUGGGAACAGAACUCCAGUACACAGUUAAUCCCUUAGCCAGUAUACCAAAGAGUAGCAACCAAAAUGCUGUAAAGACUAAAGAUUCUUGGGAGUUUUUCCAGAAGAGAUUGUUCAAGGAUAACAUACAAGAGGCUGGUUUUGAAAAGUUUCAAGACUCCAUGGAUAGACUGUUUGAAGAAUUCAACAGAGAAUCCGUGAAGAAGACAAUGCUGAUGCAUGAAGAGAUCUUUAAAGAGCAGGUAAGGGAACUCCACCGGCUAUACAAAGUUCAGAAGAUGCUUAUGGCUGAGCUUAGAAAUAAGGAGCCAAAGCUCCAUCAACGUCACCAAGCAACCCUAGUUGGUCCUGACUUCACAGAGAUGGAUAACCAAACUGGGUUUUGGAGCCCAGGGACUAGUUCACAAAAUAACCAUUCAUCUUUUGGAUACUGGCAACAUAAGACAACAAGAAGCUCUGAUCAUAUCCUCCAUCAGCAUCAUUGUGUGAGGGAUACUCCAAGUUCACAGGAACCUAAUGGCAGUUUUUCUGGCAAUGCUCUCAGAACUCUUAGAGGCUUUGAUCUUGAAAGACCUGCUGAAGAAGACCUCUCAACUGAUGCUGCCAGUGCAAUUGAAGACGAGGCAGGACCAAGCUUCCUAAGGCCUUCUAAAGAUAAGAUGAGCAUUAACAGCUCCCAUGAUCCACGAUUCUACCCAAAUGAGGAGAGUGAUGUAGAGCUAACAUUAAGUAUUGGAUGUGGAUCUAGCAGUAGGAAAUCAAGGAGCCACCCUACACAUAUAAGCCUUGAUGUGCCAAUCAGAUCAGACCAAGAACAGGAUUGCAGUGAUCAGACCAAAAGCACUGCACCUUCAACAUUCAAUCGCGAAAGCUUGCAGCAACAACCUUGGCUUUUUCAGUAUCUUAGUUUGAACAGAACAUGAACUUUGACUUGUACCUACAUUGUUGUUUCCUUCCAGUGUUAAUGAAGCUCUAAACACUGGUCCCAACAGUAACCCAUUCACCAGGGCAAGAGCCAGAUGCAGGACAAUCAAUAGGAAAGAAAGUCUCUUUUCUAUGCCUUUCAGAUUUGUUAAACCUGAUGCCUCAAACAUGGAUCAGCCCAAGACUCUUUUUUUUCCCAAUUUGAUUGAAGAAAAGACCAACUCUCGGUGCGCAAACUGCAUCCUUUCCAUGAUUUUCUUUUCUCUUUCACUGGUUCUUGUUUGGAUUUCCUUCAGAUGUAAGUAUUUGAUUUAAUGUAUUCUUCCACUUGGAUUGUAUGCAUUUCUUAAGUGCACCAUGUGAGUUUUUAGAUUAUUUAGAAUCCACAAAAUGUAAAACAAGUUAUUAGGACA